AUUGAUGCGACCCUCAGGCGGGGCGGCCCUUCGUGCAGACCGGCUAUAAAAGGAGUAACAUGCUUCCCAGCACACCAGACAUAGCUCCUCCUCUCACCGAAGCGGAACCUUCCUUCACUCGACAUCAUGCGAGCUCUGACUCUCCUGUUGAUGGUUGCAGUGGCCCUGACGGCACUGGUGGUGGUGCAGGCCAUGCCAGAACCAGUCGCAGCUCCUCAUCCCGAGGCCCUUGCUGCCCCUGCUGCCGCCGCUGACCCCAGCAGGCGAUUCGGCUUGGGCUUUGGAUUCGGUGGCUUUGGCGGUCACCAUCACCACCACCACGGUCACCACGGAUACUACCGUCCUCACUACCGUCCAUCCUACGGCCACUACGGUCACCACCACCACCACCACCACUGAUGCGCACGACCGUAAUGAACAAGACAGGAAAUCUACAUAAUCAGUCUUGGAAUGUUCAAGGCUUCGGCAGCGACACAUCAACACACCUCAUACCAUUUAUGAUCCUCCAGCACUUCCACUACCGCUUCUACUCUCCACCUGAAGAACUUCCUCAGUAGUUUAUCUUCGUCAAACAGAAACAGUAACCAUGUUCGGUCAUCACCCUCUUCUCUCUCUGUCUUUCUCUUCCUUCCCUUGUAGAAAAUAAAGUGUAAAGUUUUGUA